AUGUGGGUAUUUGUGAAUGCAUUGAUUGAGAAUCCGACUUUUGAUUCGCAAACGAAAGAGACGUUGACAUUGCAAUCGAAGAGUUUUGGAUCGAAGUGUGAACUGUCAGAGCGAUUCGUUGGAUCGGUGAUGAAGUGUGGCAUUAUUGAGGCGGUAAUGGCAUGGGUUCGAUUCAAGCAACAAGAAACGUUGGACAAGAAGUGCUCAACGAAGAGAACGUCAAAGUUGAAGGGUGUACCGAAACUGGAAGACGCAAACGACGCCGGUACAAAGAACUCGUCAUUGUGUACGCUGAUUUUGACUGAAGGAGAUUCAGCGAAGACACUGGCAGUGGCUGGAUUGGGCGUUGUGGGUCGUGAUAGAUACGGAGUGUUCCCGUUGAGAGGCAAAAUGCUGAACGUUAGGGAGGGAAGUCAUAAACAGGUCGAUUUUUACUAUUAUUAUCAGUAUUGCUUUACAUUGUACUGCAUUCUUUAA